AUGAAUAAAACCAAUCGAGUGAAUGAGAAACCUCCACCGCGAAUGUGUCCCCGGUGUGACUCAAACAACACCAAAUUCUGUUACUACAACAACCAUUGUAUGUCUCAGCCGCGCUAUUUCUGCAAGAACUGUCGUAGAUAUUGGACUCAUGGUGGGACUUUAAGAGACAUACCGAUUGGUGGAAGUAGCCGUAAAUCCAAGCGUCCAAAAAAGGUUCAAGAAACCAACAAGGUUGGUGGAUCUUCUGGUGAGUCUUCUUCUUCUGUUGGGAACCAUUUCGGUUCUUCGCUUGAGGUUCAUCCUGAUAUGAUAAAUGUGCUUCCAAUUCGAACUUUUCCACCAAUAGAGGCUUCAUAUGUUUCGGAUGAAUCAUUCCUACCAAAUUAUUAUAAUUUUGGAUCAAAUGAUUUGGUUGGUCAUCCUUUAAUAAAUCAAUCAAGUGGUGGAUCUGGUGGCGUGAACUCUGAUCCAAACAGCAACCGCAUAAAUCAAGAGAAUCUAAACAACUGAAGUUAAAGCUCCAACAAUACUAUAAACAUAGUCUGCAACACAUGUGUACUUAAAUCCUCCUAUCAAUUGAAGAAUCAUGGUCCAUAAAUUUUAACCAUUAGUAGCUUAAUGUUUCAGUUUUUAUAUUAUUUUUCCUUUUCUUCUUUAAUGUUUUCUGUUAUUUUUUUUCCUAAAACAUUCCGACAUAAAUGCUUGUCUGAUCUUUUUUCUAAUUAAUAUAAUGAAGAUUCAUCUUAUU